GAGCAUCAAGUGGAAUUGGUGCUGAAACUGCACGUGUUCUUGCAUUGCGAGGUGUGCAUGUAAUUAUGGGGGUCAGGAAUAUCUCUGCUGGAAAACAAGUUAAAGAGGCAAUAAUUAGAGAUGUUCCACAAGCUAAAAUCGAUGCCAUGGAGUUGGAUCUUAGUUCACUUGCAUCAGUGAGGAAUUUUGCAUCAACUUACAAUUCCUUCGGCCUUCCUCUAAACCUGCUUAUUAACAAUGCAGGUAUCAUGGCAACCCCAUUCACACUUUCCAAGGAUAAGAUUGAGCUGCAAUUUUCAACAAACCAUGUUGGCCACUUUCUUUUGACAAAUCUAUUGCUGGAGACCAUGAAAAGAACGGCUACUCAUAGCAGAAAAGAAGGGAGGAUUGUUAAUGUCUCCUCACGACGCCACAAAUUUUCGUACCAUGAAGGGAUUCGGUUUGACAAAAUCAAUGAUCAAUUAGGGUAUAAUGGGCUGUCUGCCUAUGGUCAAUCAAAGCUUGCCAAUGUGCUGCAUGCUAGUGAACUUGCUAGACGUCUGAAG